UCACAACAUACAUGAGUGUGCGAAGGAAAUGAAAUGUGGAAAUGUACUGAUCGAUCCCUUGAAGGAUAUUUUUGCAUUGCAUUGUGCACUGCAAAAAAUUGGCGUGAUUAACAAAGAAAAUAGAAUAGUCAAAAACAAUGGUGUUGAAUAUUGCACAGCUGUUGUGUCUGAAAAGAAUGUGGAUUUAUGCAAGAAAGAGGUUACGGACUGCAUAGACAAAGAAAGUAAAAAGCUAGGAUCCAACAUAGACGAACUCCACCGUCAGAUAAACUGUAUUAUAAAGAAGGGUAUGAAGAAUAACAUUGACUGUAGUAUGCAUAACGUAAAAAAAAACGCAUAA